AUGUCUCAGCCAAAUCCCAACGAGAGUAUUCAAGUUGAUACAAGUGACGAUGACUCUCUCUUCGACACACAAUCUCUCGUGGGCUCUGAUUUAUCCUUCGCUUCCUCAGUACGAGACUACUGCUAUGAAAAUGGCCGCCGCUACCACGCCUAUCGACAUGGCCAAUACCCUUUCCCAAACGACGAAGAGGAACAAGACCGACUAGCCCUGAUGCAUCAUCUCUUCAAACUUCUCAGCGGUGGCGAUCUUCAUCACCCUGAUAUUAGCUCUAGCUCCAGCUCCAGCUCCGGCUCAAUCUUAAAUUCCGACCUCAGCACCGGAGAUGAUAUAAACAUCAACAACAACAACAACAACAACACCACCACCACCACCACCAAUCCACCGCGACGAAUCCUCGACAUUGGCACCGGCACCGGCGACUGGGCCCUCGAAAUGGCCGAAGACCUCCCAGCAACCGACAUAAUCGGCACAGACCUAAGUCCCAUCCAACCAAACUGGGCCCCACCCAAUUGCCGCUUCUUCAUCGAUGACGCAGAGAGCGACUGGACAUUUACACCCAGCGAAGCCUUUGACUAUAUCCACGCGCGCAGUUUGGGCGGUGGAAUCGGCGACUGGCCGCGAUUAUUACGACAGGCAUUUACACACCUGAAGCCUGGCGGGUGGUUUGAGGCACAGGAGUUCGAGACGUGGGUCAUUUCUGAUGAUGGGUCACAUCUUCGGGCGACGGCUAUUACGGAUUGGCAAGAUCGAUUAAGUCAGGCGAGUAAACAGUUUGGGAAGCCUGUUAAUGUUGCGCCUAUGAUCUUUGAUUGGAUGACCGCUGAGGGAUUUGAGAAUGUUACGGAUGAUAUUUACAAGUGCCCGGUCGGCGGGUGGCCUAAGAAUCGCCGGCUCAAGGAAAUCGGUCGCGUGGGAAAAGCGACUAUCCUCGAAGUCGUCGAGCCGUAUACCCUUGCCCUCUUCACUCGCGUGUUGGGGUUCUCUUUCCAACAAGCGCAGGAGUAUAUGGAUCGAGUCCGCGCCGAGCUGGUGAGCAAUAAGUUUCACCUCUAUAUUCGGUUCCACUUUGUCUACGGACAGAAACCAUUCGAUGCGAAUUCGACUUCGACUUCGAAUGGGAAUGGGAAUGGCCAAGCCCCAUGA